UGUAGUGUCGAUUCUCGAUUGAGUAACAAAAUGGAGGAAUUAAAACUGAAAAAAUCUGCAUUUUUCGUGCAAGUUGCAUCAACAAUGAUAAUUGCCAAUCUCGUAUCUCUCACUGGCUUCAUAUAUGCUUGGCCAUCAUACACAUUUGCGGUAUUUAAAUCAAACGAAACAAUACUGGACGCACCCAUGACGACUGCGCAAUUAUCACUAUUGGGAAGUAUUACAAACGUUGGAGCGUUGGUCGCAACGCCAUUUUGUGGAUACACUGUUGACAAGUUCGGAAGGAAAUACUCCGCUAUGCUUUUUGGCUUACCAUAUGUGAUGACAUGGGCGCUUAUCUCUGUUAGCAAAUCCGUAUACUUGAUAAUAUUUGCCGUUGGAUUAGCAGGCUUUGGAGCCGCAGGGCAGGCAGUAUCCUCUGUAUUCAUAUCAGAAAUAUCCCACGAUUCCAUUAGAGGAGGUCUAACGUCAACGACUGUGUCUGGAUUUUUCGUUGGAUUAUUAUUUUCCUAUGCAUUGGGGGGAUAUUUAUCUUACUAUAAUGUUUUGUAUGUUCAUUUAACACUGUCAGUUUUUUAUAUAGUGAUGUUAGCGCUGUUGAAGGAGUCACCGGUGUUUUUAUUAAAAUGUGGUAAAGAAAAGGAAGCUGCAGAGUCGAUUGCUUUCUAUCAUCGGUUCGAACUAAAUUCGAAAGAAAUUGAAAUUGAGAUAAAAAAAAUUAAACUACAGUUGGAUCCAAAGAUAAAUUUAAUAUUAGAAGCUGGAAACGAUGAUGCGAAAGUAACCGCUGAACUUUUGAACGAUCCGCUAAGCUUCACUACGAAAGAUGAAAAACGAGAAUCAGCGUGGCAGUUUCUAAGACGAUCUGAAACAUCGAAAAACGCAUUGCUCGCAGUUCUUAUAGUGAUGGCUAUAACGAUUUCAAUGGGUUCCAUUGUUUUGCAAGUGUACGCGGAACCUCUAUUUAUGGAGGCUCUGCCCACGAUGGAUCCAAAUACUUGUUCUAUAUUACUGGCCGUGGACUACUUGGUCGCAAGUUUGGUUUGCGGUUGUAUGUUGGACAAAUACGGUAGAAAGUCACUCAUGACAGUCACAUCUGUGCUAUCCGGCAUCUUAACGUCUUUACUCGGCUCUCAGCUCCACGUACACUGGGCGCCGCACUGGUUCACAGCAUUUUGUAUAUAUGGUUAUUCCUUAGUCUAUAACCUUGGAGCAGCCGUCGUCCCGUUCGUACUGACCGCUGAGGUAUUUCUACCUGAGGUUCGCGGGCUCUGCAACAGUUUCUCAAUGGCAUGUAUGUGGAUCAUGAACUUCGGUACAAUCAUCGUCUUCUACCCCUUAGUAAAAAUCUUUGGUCUUGGACCUAUAUUCUACGGCUUCUCAGUGGUGUGCUUCCUAGGAGCAGCCUACAGUCACUUCUGCCUUCCCGAGACGAAAGGUCUAUCAGCUGAUGCAAUACAGCCGCUGUUUUUGAAGAAAAGUAGAAGGAGGUGUCAACCGCGAGUGUAGCUGUCAAUUAUAUAUUUUUAAGAGCCA